AUGCCUAUAAAAUUGCAUUUGGAGUAUUUCAAGACCCUUAUCGUUAGUCACAAAGUGUUAAAAGAUCGGAAAAGUUCAAGGAACAUAUUUGAUAUCUCGGGAGCUGAUAUGAAACAUAGGGAUAUGCAUCUGUUCUUGCAAAGGAUGGUUGACUUACUUACUACGAUUGAAGAAGUCAAGGAGAUGGGCAACGAGCAUAAUAAGAAUUCGUGGACAGGUGCCAGAGCAGGAAAUACUUAA